AUGAAAGGAUCAUCAUGGAAGGAGAUGUUGAUGCCUAGUGUAGGAAUGAUUUUUGCAAUAAUAGCCAUAGUUACAAGUAUGAUAAUUAGCAAAUUAGCCAUGUCUAAAGGACUUAGCAGCUUCAUUAUUGUUGUCUACUCAAAUGCUGCUGCUACUCUCAUCCUUUUCCCUCCUUCCAUCUUCAUCUUUAUAACAAGAUCAAGACGUCGUCCAUUGACCUUCUCGGUUAUUUGGAGAAUCUUGUUGCUUGCUUUAAACGGGUGUUUUGGGCAAAUAUGUGAUUAUGUUGGUAUAAGUUAUAGCUCUCCAACACUUGCCACAGCAAUGCUCAAUCUUAUUCCAGCUUUUACUUUCAUUCUUGCCAUUACUUUCAGGUAUCUCUCUCUUGGCUUAAUUUGUCAAAUGUCCCCGAAGGGACCAACCCGAAGGAAAUUGCUUGUACUUUCCCCCAAUAUGAUGGAAGUGAUGAAUUGGAGAAGUUGGAGUAGCUAUGCCAAAGCCUUUGGGGCUUUUGUUUCAAUUGGAGGUGCAUUUGUUUUGACAUUUUAUAAGGGCCCUCCAAUCAUUAACCAGCACUUAACUUCUACUUUCUCAUCUCAACAAAAUUGGAUUCUUGGAGGAGUUAUACUUGCUUGUGAGUCUUUGUCUACUUCACUAUGGUACAUUAUUCAGAGAAAUACAAAUGCUUGGAUGAUAUAUCCAGAUAUUCGUCUCAUUGCUAUUCUCUAUUCGGGUAUAGUUGGUAUAGCAUUCAGGAGUUGCAUGACAACAUGGUGCCUCAAGAAGACAGAUCCUCUCUUUGUUUCCAUGUUCAAACCAUUUGCCAUUGUUUUUGCUCUUCUCAUUGGUACCUUUUGCUUUAGAGAUGUUUUCUACUUAGGAAGUUUGGUGGGAUCAGUGACCACAGUGAUUGGGUUUUAUGGUGUGAUGUGGGGAAAAACUCAAGAAAAAUACUAUGAGGGGAACAACUUAGAAACACUUGCUGAAAAUAAUGUCCCUCUGCUGCAAAAUGAGGCAUAAAUGCGGUGUUCGAGUCUGCUCGUGUGCAUCUCGAUUAAUUUUAUAAGAUACAUAAUGUUAUCUUCCACCAACAUAAAUAUAGAAUCAAUUCAUUUUCAGGAAAGAAAUAAUUGUAUGUUGUUGUAAAAA